GUAAGCAGUCGCAAAAUCCGCUUCCGGUAAAAUGGCUUAAUUCGGAUAGUUUGGAAAUGCCGCUAAUCCUUCUAUGUGGAUUUCCGUCCAGCGGAAAGUCAAAAAGGGCUAAUGAAUUACAAGAAUAUUUCUCUAAUGACUAUAAAAGAAAUGUGACUGUAAUUAGUGAUCAUUCUGUUGGUGUUAAUCGAAAUGAUGUAUACGACGAUUCCAAGAAAGAAAAGAUUGUGAGGGGGAAUUUGAAAUCAUCAGUGCAAAGAUGUUUGAAUAAAGACAGCAUUACAAUUUUGGAUUCUUUAAAUUAUAUAAAAGGGUUUCGUUAUGAAUUGUAUUGUGUUACCAAAGAAUCGCAGACUACUCAGUGUGUUAUACACUGUAACACAGAUGCAGUGACAGCAUCACAGUGGAAUCUCAGCAGGGAGCCUGGUGAACAGUAUUCACAAGAAAUUUUUGAUGCUUUAGUGAUGAGGUUUGAGGAGCCUAAUGGAUCUAACAGAUGGGAUUCACCGUUGUUUGUUGUACAGAAAGACGAUACAUUACCAUUUGAAGCUAUAGCAGACACGUUACUGAAGCGGAAACCCCCACCACAGAAUGCAUCUACAUUACCGCAACCACUGUCUUCCACCAACUUCCUAUAUGAGUUAGACCGAGUAACAAGUGAUAUUCUACAAGUCAUAAUGGCUGCCUUAAAGACAUACGUUCCUGGUGACCAGAUCAGUAUACCAAGCUCAACAGAUAAAUUGAAUUUAUGCAGACCGUUUACUCUGGCAGAAUUACAACGCAGCAAACGACAGUUCAUAACAUACACAAAAAUGCAUCCUGUGGACGAUACUUCAAAAAUUGGAAAUAUGUUUGUGCAAUAUUUAAACAAUACAUUGAAGUGAAUUUUAUUGAUUAUCUUGAUUUUUAUCUUUAUAUGAAAUUCCUUAUCAAUACAUUUGUAAAACAUU